GCAAAGUAAAUUUUUGCUGAACAAACUGCGCUCGGGAACAUAGAGUUAAAAAGAGAGGGGUAAUAUUUUUUGACGAUCUGUUAGAUCAACAAAGUGGGGAUCAGAAAGUAAUCCUAAGUUCGUACUGUAUAGUAAUUGAACUACAUCCCCUUCCUUAAAUCCCACGGUCAGUAUUAAAUUUUUGGCGGGAAUCAGCCGUCACGUGACAUUCGAAUAAACCCGAAUAAACCCGAACUUACAGAAGUCGGUAAGUAGUCCGAGGUUAUAAAUAGCUGGUAUCAACUGGCAGAGAGUCUCUUACAUCUAAAACGUUGGCACAGUGAAUUCAUUGGUGUAUUCAUCGUUAGCCUUGUCGGUGGGUCAAGUAGUGUAUCGGUCAUCAGUUAAUAUAAAGUUUAAAUUAAACAGACGUCAAUUAAAGUGUUUAAAUAUUAUAAUAUCACCAAUUGUAAAUUUAAAUAAUAGUAAAUUAAUUGGUGUGUCAAAUAUUUGUAAUAACGUGUACUAUAAACAAAUAAGACACUUUGAAUUAAGUCGACUCGUGUUACUGGCUAGAAAAGGAAAGGAUAAAAUAAAAAAAAUGCCGGAAACUACACCAUCACAUCAUAUCAAUGGAUACGCUAAUGGACAUGCUCCUCCAGAGCUACAGCAGGCUGGAUCUUUUCUUUUCACAUCAGAAUCCGUUGGCGAGGGUCAUCCAGAUAAAAUGUGCGAUCAAAUAAGCGACGCUAUUCUUGAUGCACAUUUGGAGCAGGAUCCGGAUGCUAAAGUUGCCUGCGAAACUGUGACCAAGACUGGUAUGAUUCUUUUGUGCGGUGAAAUAACAUCCAAAGCGGUCGUUGAUUACCAGAAGAUUGUAAGAAACACUGUAAAUCACAUCGGCUAUGAUGAUUCUUCAAAAGGAUUUGAUUGGCGUACAUUGAACCUUUUGGUGGCAAUCGAACAGCAAUCGCCAAAUAUCGCAGAUGGGGUUCAUGUGGACAGGGAAGAGAAGGACUUGGGUGCCGGUGAUCAGGGAUUAAUGUUUGGAUAUGCAACCGAUGAGACUGACGAGUGUAUGCCACUCACUGUAGUUUUGGCGCACAGAUUAAAUCAAAAAAUCGCAGAAUUAAGACGAAGUGGUGAACUUUGGUGGGCUCGUCCUGAUUCUAAAACACAAGUGACCUGCGAGUAUAUUAUGGAAAAUGGUGCAUGUGUACCCAUUCGGGUCCACACUGUCGUGGUAUCACUUCAACACAGUGAGAAAAUAAGUCUUGAUGAAUUACGCAGAAUUGUUAUGGCUGAUAUUAUUAAAAAAGUCAUCCCAGCAAAAUAUCUUGAUGAGAAAACUGUUUUUCAUGUAAAUCCUUGUGGUAAUUUUAUAAUUGGUGGCCCACAGAGUGAUGCUGGACUCACUGGUAGAAAAAUUAUAGUCGAUACUUACGGAGGAUGGGGUGCACAUGGUGGCGGUGCCUUUUCUGGUAAAGACUUUACUAAGGUUGACAGAUCAGCAGCAUACGCAGCAAGAUGGGUGGCCAAGUCUUUGGUAAUGGCUGGACUUUGCAGACGUUGUCUAGUACAAGUAUCUUACGCUAUUGGUGUAGCAGAACCUCUUUCUAUAACUGUCUUUGAUUAUGGCACAUCUAAGUUAUCACAAAAUGAAUUACUGGGAAUAAUUAAUAGAAAUUUUGAUCUUCGUCCUGGUAAAAUAGUCAAAGAAUUAAAUCUACGUCGGCCAAUUUAUCAACAGACUAGUACGUACGGACAUUUUGGACGUGAUGGUUUCUCAUGGGAGCAACCAAAAAAAUUAAUUAUUGAUUGAUGAGAAGAAAUAUUAAAUUUAAAAAUAAAAGAAGAAAAGAUUUUUAAAAAUGAUAAAUAUAUUAAUGUAUAAACAUUUACUAUAUUGGACUCUAAUAAUAAUUGAUAGUAAAUAUUAUAUAAAUUACGUUCAAUAAUCAUCGAAAUUAUCAUUUUUUCAUUAAAUUCAAAUUUACUCAUAUGCAUAUUUAUCAAUUAAAUGAAAAAAUAAGGAUAUGGAAUAACAAUUUUUUAUAUUUUAAUUAAAUUUUUUUUUUCCUAAUUUUUGAGUGAAUGAAAAAAAAAAAUUGAGUUCUUGUAUAAAUUAAUUUUUCUCCAAAAAAAAGUCAUACAUUCAUUAUUUCUAUUUUAUUAAAUGAAAUGUAAGUCUAUGUACAUAUAUAAAAAAAAAAAAAAACUAAAUUAUCAUUAUUGUCAAUUUCAAUAAAUUUUACAAAUAAUUGAUAAAACAAUAUUUGAGCAAUUGAUAAAAAUAUAAAUAAUGAAUGACAGAGCGUACAUGUGAAAAUGUACGUUUUCAUGUAGAAUUGAGUGGACAAAUUAUAAAUUUAGUUCCCGUGUAAAAAAAAAUUGUUAAGAAAAGUUUUAAAAAAACGAUUACUAUUCAAAACUUCAAAAUAUGACAUUAAAAUUUUUUUUUAAAUAUCUAAAAAAAAAAAAAAAAACAUGCAAAAAUUGUAAAAAAAAAAAAUGAUUAAAUUUAUAGAUUUUAAUAGAGACAAAAGUCAAAAAAAUAUUCAUUUAUAGUAUUGUCAUUUUUUUUUUUUUUUUUUUUUUAUUUCUGGAAAUUUAAGAAUUGAAAAAAAAAAAUCGUCUGUGUCACAUUUUGAAGUUUAGAAUAUUUGGAUUUUUCAAAAAAUGAAACAAAGACGAAAAAAAAUGUAUGAGAAUGUUUGUGCAAAAGAUAUAAUGGGCUCCCAUUUAAUUUAUACUGUUAAAUUUUAAUGUUGAUAAGCUAAUUUAAAUAAAUUGACGUUUUUCAAUUAAAAAAUUUUCUUCAUAUCACUAAUAGAAAAAAAAAACCUGAAGUUAAUUCAAACUAUUAUUUAUUUUUUAGUAUAAAUAAUUUGUAAUAAAUAAAUAAGAAAGAAAAAAAUUAUGAUUUAAUGAUUUAUAAGACUUGAGUAUAUUACUUGCUUGUAAAUUUUUUUUAAGUAAUUGAAUGCACAAUAAAAAUGCUGGUAAAUAUUAAUGCAAAUAAAAAUAUUUUUCAAUAUGAAAAAAAAAAAAAAAAAAAAAAGAAAAUUAUUAAGAGUUUACUUAUUUGUUUAAAAAAUAAGUCGGCUAUCUUAAAUAAUAGAAAAAAAAAUUGACUUAGUUUUUAGAUUAUUAAAUAAUGUUUUAGAAAUAAAUUUUGUGCAUAGCAAAAAAAGUUAUAGAAUAAUUAAAAUAAAAAAUUGUAAUCAUCCUUCAAUACUUUACUUUGUUAUUAAAUUUAUUAUAAAUGGAUUUGAAUGUGAGGAAGAGAAAAUGGACGUCAAUAAUUGACAUAAUUAAGGAGGCAAAUUUGAAAAUUUCUA